AAGCACGAUCAAGUUCUUCAAGGAGCAAGCCAAAUAAGAAAAUGGCAGUAAUGGACUUGCCACUUGAUGAUGAGAUGAUGAAGAAGAAGGAGACGAAGAAGCUGAUUACAGUGGACAAGAAGGGGAGGAGGAUGAAGAUGUUGACAUGGAUAGUGAUAUUGAAGGGAAAGAUGAUGAUUUUAACCUACCUGAUCAACGAGCAUGGGGAAAGACUCGAAAAAAUUACUACAACACUGACUAUGUUGAUCAAGAUUAUGGUGGAUUUGAUGGAGAAGAUGCAGAAGUGGCAGAGCUUGAAGAACAAGAGGCACGAGAAAUUCAGAAGCGCUUGGCUGCAGAAUUGGAUGAUAAUGACUUUUCACUAGAUGUCUUCACAAAGACUAAGGAAGAAGAACAGCCAACUAAUAAAACUGCAGAAGAAAUUAUUAAAACUGACCUCAGCCAGUUGAGUUCCAGACAGAAACUGGCCCUUCUUGAAAAAGAGGCUCCAGAGUUAGUUGGAAUCAUUGAAGAAUUCAGAGGUAUUAUGGAGGAGCUUCAAAGUAGACUCCAGCCAGCUUUGGCUUUGGCUCAAAACAAGCAGGUUCCGUCCCCUCAGUUGGGACAGUACAUACGCACAAAAUACCACCUAGUUAACAACUAUGCCAUGAACAUGGGAUUCUACCUAUUAUUAAGAGCUCGGCGCUUACCUGUUGCUGCACAUCCUGUAGUGAAGAGGCUCCUUCAGUAUCGUCAGCUCUUGCAGCAGUUGGAGCCUCUUGAGGAAGUAACAUCAUCUCAAUUAGAUGAUUUACUAAAUGCAGCCAAAAGUGGUUCUUUACCAGAAGUCCGUGAAAUUGGAUUGGACACAAAGAAGAAGAAGCAGCUUCGACUUCUGUCUCUAUCUAAGAUCCCUGAUGUAGAUGACAAAGGCUUGGAUUCCAGUAAACUGGAGGAUACUCCAAGUCCAGAUUCCAAAUCAUCCAAGGCAAUUCGAUCCCUUAAAAAGGAGUCGAAGAAAAUUGAGGACAAGAUGCCAUGGGAAAAUGAUUUUGAAAGUGGUGGAGAUGUGCCCUGGGCUACAGGCAGUGGCAGUGAUGGCGAGGAUGGAAAUGAAAAUAUGGAGGGUGAGACUGAAGAGCUGGAUGUGUCUCAAGAAGAUGCAGAUGGGAAGAGGGCCAUCACAUGGCAAAUGGCAAGCAACAAAGGUCUCAUUCAUCGUCGUAAGAAGAUAGAUCGCAACCCACGGCUCAAGAACAGAAUGAAGUACCGCAAGGCUCAAAUCAGGAUAAAGGGCCAGAUUCGCCAACCUCGAACGGAAGUGCAGCGUUACGGAGGAGAAAUGACUGGCAUCAAGAAGACUGUCAGCAAGAGUAUAAAGCUUAAGUAACAUUUUGAACUAUUGUUAUGUAAAUAGAUUUAUGGCAAUUAAAGAUCAUGUUGAAAAUAA